AUGGAAAGAAACGAAACAACACCUCCAUCUUCUACAAAAUCGCUUGAAGCUGGCGAAGAAAAUGAGCUUCUAAUAGAUCAGAAUAUCAGACUCUCUCACCGUUCAACCUCCACCCCCACGGCUGCAAAUCCGAGUCAACGAAUUAUAUCACCGGAGAUGAUAAGACCAUUUUCUAAAGCGGGGCCAAGACAAAACACGAAACGAAAUAAUAGAAAAAUGUCAUCUGCUAUCGUAACCGACUCUCCCGAAAGGAAAAAAAUAGAGGAGAAAUAG